AUGGCCUCGGGAGUGUUCGGUACCCCCAUUUCAGAGAAGACGGUGCUGGCCACUGGAGAGUAUAAGGAACCCAUCACUCAAAAGGAUGUUGCGGACUAUACCAUGAAGAUGAUCAACGCCGGUGGUAAGGAUAUUAACGCACAAACCUUCGUCGACAACCUCAAGGAGAGGUAUGGUAACGGAAUAUCUGUAAAAUGCCUCAUCUACAAUGCCACCGGUGCCACUUUGAACUUGGCUAACUACAAAGACUGGCACGGCCAUAUCUACGAUACACCCUACCCAUCAGAUAUUCAGAAUGGGCAAUGGGGGGCAUUUCUCCACGUCCACCCAAGUGGCGCUGCGGUUGGUUCAGCUGGUGCCGUUGUGUAUCGUACCAAGGUCCCAUCCAGCAGCAGCUCCUGCGAUUGGUUGUUCUCCUGGACCGUCCCCUACAUUGGUGCCAAUGGGAUCUACACCGAAAUCUGUGAGGAAGGGCACUACCCAAGUGUGGGAAGCUGGGAUUAUAUCUAUGACGUGAAGCUGGAAAAUGCAAAUGUCAACUCUACUGAUAAAAACUAUGGAUAUGUUUCCGAGACUAACAUCGGUGAAGGCUCUACCAUGAACGCUCGUGGAGUUUUCCAGUUUCCCUACUAG